UAUGAGCCGUUCUUGCACAAAAUAUACAAAUAAACGAGAAAAGAAAAAGAUACAGACCAAUCGUAGAAGACUACUAUUUCUUCUUAAGUAUCCUAUCAACCAAUUACCUAUAGACCAGCUUCCCAGCAUUGGAAUUGUUCUUAGAUACAUACAGUUUAUCAAAUCUCCAAGGUCUUUGAAAUUUAAAUCUCAUAAGCUAAUUGAGGCUUGCUCUCAAACGUUUCCAGGAAAAGAUCUUAUCUGCAAGGGUGGAUUAUGUAAAAAUCCCAACAACAGAUGUGUUACUUCUCUUGUAAUGGAUGUGUGGAACAAAGCUGGUUUCGGAGAGUUUAUCCUUUCUGGAGCUGCUGUCAGGGAUAAGAUUUUGAAAUUCCAUACUAAGUAUUGCAAAGCUGAUCCAUUUGAGAAAACUAAACUGGGAUUCCAGAAUUAAUAGAUUUACUAAGAUCCAGAGUGAGUUCAUUCAGAGAGCACCAAACUCUUCGACAUAUCUGUAGUGAGGUUUGAGGAAAAAAUCCAAUCAGAUCGCCUUCGUACCCAGGAUGCCAAGGCGGAAGACAUUUAGUUUUUUUUUGACCAGAAUAAGAAUCGAAAAAUGUAUGUAAUUACAGAAAUAGACAAAGAAUUUGAAGCAUUUAUUAAAAAUAGACAAAAUUGUUGGCAGAGAAUGAAGAAUAUGAAGAUUACAACAGCGGAAAAAGGUAAAAAGAAAAUAGUUUUUAAUGAGGUUUCAAUUGGUAAUAAAGCUAUUUUGAAAAUUAGGAGAUCAGAUAUUGCAAGACAUAAUGGAAACAUUGAAGGAAAAAAGACUUGUCCUGCACUUCGACAGCAAAAAAAUAAAAGAGAUGGAGGAUAAUCUAAAUAUUAUUGUUACUGUUGAAAGAGUUUCUGUUAGUGUUACAUCACCAGAUAUUGACGACACAAAUAACAUUCUCUUAGAAGUAGUUCAAACUCAAAGUUCCAACGGAGUUGAUUAGGCAGAUUUAAUCUUAAAUCUCCUAGAGUAUUACAAUAUUGUUGAUCAGAUCUUCGCCAUAUGCUGUGACACUACUGCUUCCAACACUGGAGUAUUUGCUGGAGCCAUUACCAUCCUCACAAACAUCCUCAGCAUUCCGUUUCUCUUGUUUCUCUGCAGACGUAAGAUGUUUGAGAUAAACAUCUCACAUUUCAUGGAGGCUCUUAAUAGUAAAAAAACAAAGGGGCCCAGGAGAGCACUAUAUUUAAGACUUCAGAAAGGCCAAACAUCAAGGAGGAGGUGGAUAAGAUGGAGGAGGUAAUUAGGUUUGACUGGAAUGAGCUACAGGUUGGAUCAUCCUUGUACAACAUUGCAAGGGAUGUUUUAGAGUUUUGCAAAAAGACACUGACCACAAAGACAUUUAAAAAAGGCGACUACAUGAAGCUCUGCAAACUAGUUGUAUUCUAUUUAGGAGGAGAUGUACCGGGGUUUCGUUUUCAUCAACCUGGAGCCUGCCACGAAGCCAAGUAUGGUUAAAGUAUAUUAUCAAUAAUUUGUAUUAUUAGAAGAGAGUAUAUUUUCGCUAUUUUUCUAUAUAACUAAUAAUAAUAAUUUAUUCUUAUUUUUAAUAAAGUUCAUGGCAGAUGCUCUAUACCUAUUGACACU